AUGAGCUUGGCGGAGGCGCCGGAGGUGGAGGCGGGAUGGCCGCCCGGAGCCCUGAACGACCCCGCCUUAGAUCUUAAUGAUAAUUCUCCUGAUGAAGCCCUAGUAGAUGACUUUCCUGUCGUAGAUAAGAAAGCUGUGGAGCAACUAACAGAAGGGCUGAUUUCACAUUAUUUGCCUGACCUACAACGAUCAAAACUAGCCUUAAAAGAACUCACACAGAACCAGGAAGUACUAUUAGAAACCGUACAACAGGAAAUUUCAAAAUUUAAAGAAUGUAAUUCAGUUCUUGAUAUCAACAUGCUGUUUUCAGAAGCAAAAUACUAUCACAAUAAAUUGGUAAACAUUAGGAAAGAGAUGUUGAUGCUGCAUGAGAAGACAUCAAAGUUGAAAAGAAGAGCGCUCAAACUCCAGCAGAAACGACAGAAGGAAGAACUAGAGCGAGAACAGCAGCGGGAGAAGGAACUGGAAAGAGAAAAACAAUUAACUGCCAAACCAGCAAAAAGGACAUGAAAGCCCAACACGUUUUGACUUGUUGUGCUAAUUAUAACCACCUUUGGACUUUCUGGGGAAUACAAUGACCUCCUCGCACUCUCCUGUUCUAUUUUGCCAAGGAAAGUAUUAGUACAGUCUUUAUAUUUCUGUCUUGCCGUUAAGCAAGGAGCUAGGAACGGAAAGUGUACUACAUUAGCUACCCUUAACCCCUUUUUGAUUAAUGCUUUGCUAAUAUUGCUGGGUCAGGUUAUUUUUUGAAGAAAUAGGAUACUCUAUGGUAGGGUG